UCUCUUUUUUUCCUUUUGAAGCUCCUUGCCCGGCUCGAAGGUAGACGGUCCUUGAAAGAAAUAGAGCCCUGUCUGUUUGCCGAUGAGGAGUCACCUGUGCAUGGUGACAUUCUUGAAUUUCACGGUCCAGAGGGAACAGGAAAGACAGAAAUGCUUUACCAUUUAACAGCACGGUGCAUCCUCCCCCGGUCGGCAGGGGGCCUGGAGGUAGAAGUCCUGUUUAUUGACACGGACUCCCACUUCGACCUGCUCCGGCUCGUUACCAUUCUCGAGCACAGACUGCCCCAGAGCUCUGAAGAGAGAGUGAAAGGCUGCCUCGCCAGGCUUUUCUUGGUGCACUGCAGCAGCAGCAGCCAGUUGCUGCUCACGCUCCACUCCCUGGAAACCGUGUUCUGUAGGCGCCCCUCCCUCUGCCUUUUGAUUUUGGACAGCUUGUCGGCUUUCUACUGGAUAGACCGAGCCAACGGCGGAGACAGCGUCACCUCACAGGAGUCUACCCUGAAGAAGUGUGCUCAGCUCCUAGAGAAGCUGGUGAACCAGCACCGCUUGGUUCUCUUUGCAACCACACAGAGUUUAAUGCAGAGAGCCCCGAGCUCCACGGGGGGCCCCUCUGCCUCCAGCCGCCCGAGCGAGGCGGGCGUGGAGUACAGGCCCUACCUCUGUCAGGCCUGGCAGCGGCUGGUGGGGCAAAGGCUGUUCUUCUCCAAAGACGAGUCCAACACCAGUCACCAGUUUUCUUUAGUCUCACGGAACUUAAAAAGCAACACUUUAAAAAAGCAUGUUUUUAUUAUUGGAGAAAGCGGGGUUGAGUUUUGUUGAUAUGUAUCAAAAUAGUCUUACAGGAUAUUACCCAAGUUUUAAAAAGUCUUUAAAUAGGCUAAAGUCUUUAAUAGGAUUCAGUUCUGAAGUUUUAAACUCUAAGGGAAUUAACAUGACAGUGUUUCUACACAGAAUGGACUUCUUAAAACAGACGGUGACUCUCAGAAUACUCUGUCCCCAGGUCGUUCAGGGUUACUCAAAGUGACUUUAACAAUUAAACUAUAUAUUAAGUUUGUUUUAAAACUAAAUUAAAAUACACAUUUCAAUGUAAAUAAAAUGGACUUUUGUAA